GAAAAGUCCAAACGUGCUUAGAUAUGCUAUAGUGUUGCUACUAUAAACUCAGGGUACGUCCCUGUGUCUUUCAUGAGAGUUCAGAUAAAAAAUCAAGAACCAAUUUUUCUUAGUGGUUUUGAUCAAGGUUACUACAACUGAGAAGAGACGGGAUGGAAACAAAAACGAAGGCAGUGAAACUUGAGACUGGUGAAGCAUCCAGAGCAAAGGGAAGUAGAGGAGUCUCAAUAUUUGAUCUCAUUCUGCGGAUUGUUGCAAUUGUUGGCACAUUAGGAAGUGCGAUUGCCAUGGGAACCACUAGUGAAACUCUUCCCUUCUUCAGUCAGUUCGUACAGUUCCAAGCUCAGUAUGACGAUUUUACUACCUUCACACUCUUCGUGAUUGUGAAUGCAAUUGUAUGUGGAUAUCUUGCUCUUUCACUUCCGCUCUCCAUCUACCACAUUAUCAGGAGCAGGGCAGCAAAGAGUAGAGUUCUACUGAUCUUCUUGGACACGACAAUGCUAGCUCUUCUAACCGCGGGAGCCUCAGCAGCAGCAGGCAUAGUGUACUUGGCGCAUAACGGGAACUCAUCAGCCAACUGGUUUGCAAUUUGCCAGCAAUUCCAGGACUUCUGUCAGCGCGCCUCUGGAUCUUUGAUUGGUUCUUUCGUUGCAGUGGUUUCCAUCGUUCUGCUUGUCAUUUUGUCUGGCAUAGCACUAUCUAGGCACUAAUCCCUUCAAAGGGAAAUUUUAGUUAAACAUCUAUGUUGGUGUGCCGCUGUUUGUGGGAUUUGUAAUAGCACUGAUGUCUUCUGUUUGCGCGGUGCUUCUGUGCAUUCUCUUGGACUAUGAGGUCUGUCUACCAUUGAAGUGCACCCUCUUUUCCACCACCCCCAAAAAGAAACCAAUGUGCAGAAGGGAUUCAGAAUCUCAAACUCUGAAUUUGAGAUUGAACAGGAAAUUAGUCCUUCAAGUUUGAUAAAUGCGUUUGUUUUGGAAAA